AAAAAAAAAACACAUACCAACAAAUCAAAGAAGAAAAAGAAAAAAAAAAAAACCAAAACCCAACAAAACCUGCAUGUCAAGUCUGAGGAAAUGCUGUGGGAACUACAGGCAGGCUCUUUUUUUUUUUUUUUUUUUUUUCUUCUCCUUCUCCUUCUUCUCCUUCUCUCUUCUCCCCUGGCGUAGCUGAGAGGAAGGAGCGGCAGAAGGAGAAGUGAAGCCGCCCGAUGCGCCUGGCCCCGCCGCCGGGGCGCUGGGGCUCGGCUGCCCGGCGCUAGCGCGGCCCCAGAGCCGGGCCGGGCCGGGCCGGGCCCCGCAGCCAUGCCGGGCCCCCCGGGCUGGCUGGCGCUGCUCUGCCUGGCCGCCGCGGGACAGCAGCAGUUGUCCCUACAGAGCACUCUGCUGUGUGACAGCGAACAACACUAUGAGUCCUUCGGACGGUGCUGCACCAAGUGUGAGCCAGGGAAGUAUAUGUCUGCUAAAUGCACUGCCACUUCGGACAGCGUGUGUCAGCCGUGUGGCCCAAACGAGUACAUGGAUGUCUGGAACGAAGAGGACAAAUGCUUGCUACAUAAAAUAUGCGAUCAAGGGAAAGCCUUGAAGGAAGUGAACCCGGGAAACAGCACAUUCCAGCGGCAGUGUGCCUGCACCACGGGUUACCACUGGAAUGAGGACUGUGACUGCUGUCAGCGCAAUACCAUAUGUGCUCCAGGAUUUGGAAUUGGGCACCCUGUGCAACAAGACAAGGACACGAAGUGUAUGCCGUGUCCCAGAGGCUACUUCUCAAAGGUUGCUUCAUCCACGGAUGAGUGUAAAGCCUGGACCAACUGUACAGCUCUGGGGAUGGCAGAAGUAGUCCCUGGGACUGAUAAGUCGGAUGCAGUGUGUGCAGAACGGAAGAUAUCUGAGCAACCAGAAGACGGAACAAACAAGAUUCUGUUCGUCUUGAUUGUCAUCUUGUUUUUUGUGGCCCUAAUUGGCAUUGUCAUCUUCAUCGUGUACUACAAGAAUAAGGGAAAAAAGCUGACAGCAGAUCUACAGAAUUGGGCUAAUGAAGUGUGCAGCCAAAUAAAAGGAACAAAGGAGCCCCCCAGAGAUGCGCACGUUGCUGUGAACAUACCGAUCGCCGCUGUGGCCCAGGGCUCUGAAGACACGCGUCUCCUGGGCCCUGCUGCCUGCCCUGCCCCCGGGAUCGCAUCCUGUGCCGGUGCUCACACCUCGUGCACUCACAGCAGCCCCAGCACGGCGCCCUACGAGGCCGGGGGGAACCUCCAGCAGCUUUCUGUGGUGACGGAGAGCGAUCACGACCAUUUCCCGCCUGUUCCCACAGAAGAUGAAUAUACAGAUAAAGACCUCCAUGCUGCUGAUUAUUUAUCUCUGCUGAGUCGGCCUGACAGUAAAACUGUGUCAUCGUUUUCAGAGCCGGUGGAGAUCGGGGAGAACGAUAGCUUGAACCAGUGCUUUUCGGGGGUGGGGAGCAGUGAGGACGUCUCCGUCUCUCAGGGCUCUGACUCCUUCUGCAAUGCAGAUGGUGCGCACACUGCCAUGGACAAGUACUUUCAGAAGCCUUACCAGCAUGCCCACAGCUGCCCAAAGGAAAUAGACAGCAAAGACACAGAUCGUUUUGCAACAAACCAUGACUCAGAGAAGAUCUGUGUAAGGUGUGGCGUUUUGUACCGGGAUUCUACCAGAAAGUGGAGCAAACCCUGCUGUGCUGCAGUUGACAGCGCCUCCGCCUCCCCAGAAACUGGAUCCUAUGCACAGUGCACCUGUGGCUUGAAUUUUCUCUCUGCUGGUCAGAGCACUCUAGCAAGUGACCAUGGUGUGGAAGAUGCAUCUUCUGAGGGUACCAGCACGAAGCACCAGAACACAAGCAGAAGCACUUCAGGGACAAACAGCAGCACUUCAGACCUCCCUCCAGCAUCUGGCAACGUGACUGGAAACAGUAACUCCACGUUUAUUUCCAGCGGGCAAGUGAUGAACUUCAAGGGGGACAUCAUCGUCGUCUACCUUAGCCAAAACUCCCAGGAGGGAGCAGCGGCCUCGUCGGGGGCGGCCUCGGAGACGGUGGGCAGCCCGGUGCAGGAGGAGAACCCCAGCCGCUGCGAGACCUUUGCCGGCAACGCUCAGCACUACAAGGAGAAGUGCGCCGAGCUGCACGCCCUGGGGGCCGCCACCACACGAGGGGGGCACCACCACACGGCCGCCACCACGGUGGCCUCGCAGCCCGUGCAGGAGGAGGGGAGGCUGGGACACUCCUCGGAGAAGGUGUUGAACUGAGGGCCCGCCAGGGGGUCCGCCCCGAAUCCCGGUUUUGUUGCGACGGGUUCUUCGUUUCCUCGGAGGCCGCUGGGGUCCCCUGGGAGAGGGCUGAACCCUCCCGGGAAGCCCUCAGGCUGGGGGACUUGGCGAGGGGGAGGUUGUGAAUCACCGGGUGUCCCCUCCUGGAGAGGGGGCAGCGUGCUGGAAGGGGCCCCAGGCACUGCCUGGUUGUUGUGGGUUUUGUCUUUUUCCACUGGGCAGGAAUUUAGUAGCUGUGCCAGGUGAACCCGUUCACGGGGCCCUGGUCCUCCUCGAUACCUCUGGUGGAGGGAUCGGGUGGGUGCCUCCAGCCCUUCCCCAAAGGAACGGGUGCUCCAGUCCUAAACCAGUGCAGAAGCCAGGAUCUGUGCCUGCCCCUUGCCAACUGGUGGGUGUGAGCGUGUGUUAGCGCCACCCGGCCUGCAAUAACGGGCACAUCAGCACCGAGAUGCCUUGAAAGCGUAUCAGAUUAGUCCUGAGCAAAGAGCAUUUAUAGUUCUGAACCCUGAUUCACCUCGGCCGUACUGCAUCUCCCCAGAGCAAGUCAGACCCCUGAAGCUAGAGACGAGUGACGUGCGCCAGGCAUGCUGUUGCACAAAUCAUGUCGCUGAGGUUUAAGCCACAGAACUGCCAGCAGGUGGGGGAAGGAUCUAGAACAAGUAGCUGCUGACACUUCCCGAGUGACAGGAGAGCGCCUGAAGGUGGAGAGUUUGGUCAGGGUCAGAUACGUCUUCCUUCAUCUGCCCAAACAGAUUUGUCUUUCCCCUUGAUGUUUUAAUUAGUAAGCACAACAUUAUUUGGGCAGCACAAAACUAUUUCCAGAGCUCAGCCUGUCUGGGCUGCAAUCGGAGCACAACCACUGGCACACUAAGAGCUGACAAGCUAUGGGACCAGGGGGGUGGGUUUAAAGGACAGGAGUAGCUGUCGUUAGUAGGGCCUCGGCUACUCGGUUGGCUUUUGUUCAGGUCCUGUAUCCUCCAGCCUCCUCCACCAGCCACCGUGGAGAGUAAAGGUGAAGGGAACAGAGACUCAGGGAAAUCCCAAAAGGAGAUGUUGAUAUUUUUGAUGUUUUCCUGACGUGGGGUAAUUUUCUGAUUUUCUUCUGCAUUGUGUGAGAGCUGCAGGAGUUUUUCUCCAGUCUGAGCCUUCAGGAGGAUCAGUGCUGCGUUUCCUACCAGAUAGCACAGGGGUCUCUUGAGCGUGAUCUCAUCUGCCCUGACUGAAAAGAUCCCUGGCAGGGAGGGCUCCUCUCCCUGGAGGUUAGAAAGCUGAGGGGUUUACCACCUAGCUGCCCUGUUCGCAGCAGUACUGCUCUGGGGGUGAAGAGAAAUUAGGAAGCUAACAGGGUGACCACUGUACAAUCAUGGAGUCAUUCAGGUUGAAAAUGAUCAUCUGGAUGAACUUCUCAUCCAGGAACCAGAAGGGUGGGCUAAGCCACCAUCACCUCUCAGGAGAAUAAUUCUGCGUUAUUUGUAUAUCUGGGAUGUAAAGCUUGGCACACACAUGCAAGAUUGUCUCUUGGGUGGCUGGGGGAAGGGUGUGCGAACAGCCAGGCUCCUUUUCACCUCUGUGCGGCCUCCCGAGAGCCAGAGCAUCCUCCCCUGGACUCAGCCAGGCUGAGCAGGUUGUCCCACUGAGCGAUGGCCUAAGCUACCUCUGCCUCUUUGAAGGAGGUGUGCCACCGAGGCUGUGUUAUCUGUGGUAUUGUUCUGUUUCUCCUGCCGGAUCCUGUAACAACCUCUCCGUAGCCUCUUCUGGCCUGUUGCUGUACCCUGGUGCAACAGGGACGAGGCAGCAGAGCUACACAUCGGGUUCAUGCAGGCUGGUGCAAAUGUUUUCCCACUUCAUGUUUUCAGUUGUGUUUUCCUGGAAAGGGCUAACCCAGGACACCGCUCCUCAGGAAGGGCAUGUUUUUCGCCUCCCAGAUGGCAGGAUCCUACUGAGCAGGGUUUGACACUAGAUUUAUCACCAGGCAUGAAGGAAAGGGUCAGCACGAUCUCAGCACUGAGGCCGAGUUGUAGCAAAUGGUAGAUCCGAUUCUUCUUACCUCCAGAGCCUGCCCAAAAGCGAAGAAACCACAUCACACUCAUCAGCACGCUGCGUGUUACCCUGGGUCUCUGCCUGGCUGCGUCGACAAGGACCCCACAGGGACUUCUGUACCCUCGUGAUUUCGUUUGCUGUCACUUUGGAGCAAGGGCUGGUUUUUAACACCUCUUUGUACAAUGCUGCCCGACACACUGGGCACUAAGUCGGAGGCUUCUGGCUGCUAUAGUAAUACUGGUAAUUAAUGACAAUAAAAAUCUUGAAGAUCUACAGGAGAAAGAGCAAAGAUUUGAAAUAAUGGGGGGAAUCAAACGCAUCAUUAUAUGCCCGUGCUCAUUUUGACAUAAAUAAAUAAAUAAAUUGUGAAUAUAAAAACGUU